CGACCCAGACUUAAGCUGGCUGAUUUCCAAAUCUUGCGCACCCUCGGAACAGGUUCCUUUGGGCGUGUACAUCUCGUACAAUCCAAGGUCAAUGCACGGUACUAUGCCAUCAAGGUCCUCAAGAAGACCGAGGUUGUACGACUGAAGCAGGUUGAACACACCAACAACGAAAAGCAUAUCCUGGAGGCAGUAGCCCACCCGUUCCUGGUCAACAUGUGGGGAACCUUCCAAGACGAUGCAAACCUUUAUAUGGUUAUGGACUAUGUACCUGGUGGAGAACUCUUUUCUGUACUUCGCCGAUCGCAGCGGUUCCCAGACCAUGUCGCCAAAUUCUACGCUGCCGAAGUUAUGCUGGCCAUCGAGUACAUGCACUCAAAAGAUAUGAUCUACCGCGAUUUGAAGCCAGAGAACCUGCUAUUGGAUGCCCAAGGUCAUAUCAAAAUAACCGAUUUUGGAUUUGCGAAAUAUGUUCCUGAUAUUACAUGGACACUGUGUGGCACACCCGAUUACCUUGCGCCAGAGAUUAUUCAAUCUAAAGGUUACGGUAAAGCAGUGGACUGGUGGAGUCUUGGCAUUCUUAUCUUUGAAAUGUUGGCAGGAUAUCCGCCUUUCUACGAUGAUGACCACUUAAAGUUGUAUGAAAAGAUCUUGGCAGGAAAGAUUAAAUGGCCACAAUAUUUUGAUCCCAACGCAAAGGAUCUUCUGAAGAGAUUACUGAUGUCCGACCUUUCGAAACGCUAUGGUAAUCUAAAGGGUGGAAGUGAAGAUAUCAAGCGACAUCCCUGGUUCCAGGGUGUUGAUUUUAACAGAAUCCUGGCCCGUCAAAUCAGGCCACCUUAUGUGCCUCAAAUCAGGGGCGAUGGAGAUGCCAGUCAUUUCGACAAGUAUCCGGAGACUCAAGAACAAUAUGGUAUCACUGGAAUUAGCGAUCCCUACCGACAUCUUUUCCCAGACUUUUAA